GCAGCUAUAAAACCAAUCAUGGACCAUCCUCUUCCGGGGGCUCAAUUGCGUCCAAAUCGCUAACAUGGAUAUUUAUGGCUCCAAGAAGCCUGUGGUCGACAUCGACCGAACAAUUGACCAAUUUGCCGGGCAAAAGCCCAAGCUGGGCUUAACGGCCGGCGAUAUCGGCAUCUUCAAAUCGACCAUUCUCCCCUCAUUCACCUUGCAUACCGGACUCUCAAUUGCCUCUUUUAUCGCAGCGAAAACUACCGACAAGGGCGAGAUCAAGGAUUGGUGCUGGCCAUCAAGUCAAGUAAUCAACGCCUGGUGGAGCGCCGUUGGCCGUCAGAUUUUCUACGAGAACGUUUCCUUUUCAACCACCUGGAAAGCUCUUCCCUGGACUGAGAAAGUGCUACUCAGCUGCGUGACGAUCUGGGGUACGCGUCUGUUCUAUCGCAUCUCGAAGAGAACCAUUACCCGUGGCAAAGACGAUCCAAGAUACGAUGAGAUGAAGUCGAAGGAUCCUGAGUUCUGGAAAUCCGCUUUCUUCAAACAGUUUCUUCCCGAGGCUGUGUUCUUAACCCUUAUCACCCUUCCAUUCACUCUACCUUUCCGGUUGACUGGGUCGUCUCUGAAUUUAAGCACUGACACUGCCGCAACCAUUCGCGGUCUUGGUGUGGCUCUCUUCAGCGCUGGUUUCGCUAUGGAAGCCAUGGCCGACUGCCAGCUAGAACUGCAUCGCCAGGAACGGACUGAUCUGUGCCGUCACGGUGUCUGGAGUAUCGUCCGUCAUCCGAACUACUUGGGUGACGCAUUGGUGCACAUCUCCUUCGUCAUCCUUAACGCCGCCAACACUUUCAACCCCCUUGUCCUCCUUGGUCCUGUCGCAAACUACGCCUACCUCCGCUUCGUGGGCGGUGACAAGCAAAACGAAGCUAGCCAGGAGGCCCGGUACAAGGAGCAAGACCCGCACAAAUAUCAGCAGCUGCAGACAUGGCGUUACGAGAAGAACAGCUUCUGUCCUAGCCUCUCUGAAUUGGCGAACCCGUGGGCAUGGGCUGUUGUCGGCAGUGGGUUGGUUGGUGUUGUUUUAGAAGAGGCUAUUCGGGGGUGGGCCUUGCAGUGA